AUGAGCGAACCAAUUCUUGCUCCAAUAAUCAAAGCCGAUGAGCCUUGUUUUUCCCUCGACUCGAGAAUUCCACAGCCAGAAGAGACACAACCUUUACUCAAACACAAAAAUAUCUCAAAGACAUGUAUCAAUCCCGAAACUUGUACGGAUAAUAUCGAAAUCAAGAGUAUCAAAAAGUCAAUUGAAGAGAAAACUGACGAAGAAAAGAUCCAAGAUUUGUUGAAUUGGAAAAAAUGGGAGCUCUCGGAAAAGGUAGAAAUCAGACGGGGAAAUUACGGCCUUGGUGUUUUUGCCAAAGAAGAUCUCGAAAAGGGGGAGACGCUCUUUUUCGCCCCUCCAGAGCAGACAAUCAUGAUAACCAUGGCUAUCGAGGCGCUCGAAUCCGUCAUUACAGACGUAGACGAUGUCAAUGAACCCCUCGAUUGCGCAGAUACACUCAGUCUCUUCAUUCUUUUCGAGCUGCGAAAAGGAGACGAGUCCGAACUCUGGCCAUAUUUGGCGACGAUGCAAAAAGAAUACACGACGCCGUUGGACUACUGGCCGAUGGAGCUUCAUGAUUUUUUGACUCCAGCUGCGUUCGAUUUCCUUUAUUUGGCGACGGCCGAUUAUGUGGAUUCCUACAAAAAGUUGCAGAAGAUUCUUGAAAAAUACAAUGUUGAAGAAGAAGAAUUUCACAGGGCAUAUUCUAUCGUCACCACCCGAUAUUACUACAACGAUGCCCCGGAAAACCAUCCUGACUGGUUCAUAUCCGGCCUUGGCGAGGGCGAUUGUGGCGCUCUCGGUCCCAUUUUUGACCUUUGGAAUCACGAAGUCAAGCCAAACUGCGACUGGGAAGUCGGAGAGGGCGGGGCUAUGAAGAUGACCACUGAUGAAAGCAUUGCCGCCGGCCAAGAGCUUUUCAUUUCUUAUGGGGUUGAUGAAAAUGUCAGAAUGGCUCAAACCUAUGGCUUCACUUUUUCAGAUGUGUCAAAAGUCGAAGAGAAUAUCUACCUGUACAAAGAUGAAAUCGUCGAUGCAUGCGUAGCUCGACUUGGAAAAGCACGAGAAGAGUGCGAGGAAAUAGCGUCAAAUGCUCUGAAACAAACUGGGGAUGAAGGAGGUCACAUUGAUUUCAACUGUGGAAUCGAGUCAUUUGUUCUUGAAACAGUUUUUGAUCAUGACAAUCCAGAAGACGACGAUGAAAAUGCCAAAACCGCCCGUCUCUACCGUGGCGCACUCUUUUUAAUCUACAGAAGAAGAGAGCACCUGGGAAAUCUCCUCGAAGAAAUCGAAGGGGCGAACUGGGACGAACAGUUUUUGUACCACAAGGAGAUGGCGACCAACAUCGCUCGGGCGGAACAAGUCGUUGUUGAAAAAUGCAUGAAACAGAUGGAAAAUUUUGCUCUUGGCUUUGAAAGAAAUGCUUGA